GCCUGCUCUGCCGACGGCGCCGACGGUGGUCGAUCUCCUUGACUCGAACCCGGCUCGUGGAAUCCCGGAUGUACCUGUACACGUAUGCAUGUCCUCGUCCUUCAUUCAUUGCUCGAUCGCUGGCUGCCUCCAUCCCUGCGUCCCUCCGCCGAUCAUUUCCAGCGAGUGUGUGAAUGAAUUCCAAGACCCAAGGACGAAGAAAAGAAUCUCUCGGCUCGCGCGGUGUAGAUAUGUUUGCUGAAUCUUUCUUUUCCCUUCGUGCGUUCUUCUGCGUGCACUCUGCUUUCCGCUCUCUGCUGGCACUCCUUGCCGCGCGAGAGAUGGUGUGAAAUUGGCUUGUUGUUUCUGCUGAGUGUACGUUGUUGUACAAGUGCUGUCUAUGUUCGGGUCGAUUCCCGUUUGUAUAUACUGUAUGUAUGUACGCUGCUCGCCUAUGAUGUAGUAGUCGCGGGUAGGGUCAAUCUAGUAGUUCUGGGUAGGGUCAAUUUACUAGUUCUCGCUGCUGCUUAUCGAGAGACGGUCCCCAUUGGCGAACACGGUUCUUUCCAUUAUAUCGUCGAAACCUAAUUUUUCCGGGGAUGUGGGGCCGCCUUUUCUGAGAUUCUCAUCUGACUUUUUGCCGAAUUGAGAGUGUGGAGAAGAUUCAAUUACUGAAGGCAUGACGAUUGUGUAUGAUUGAAGGCGGUGACUAUUGACCUAUAUCUGUUGGACCCUUCAUUCCAGAUCCGCCAGCGGAGAAUGUGAGAUUUAAAUGAAAAAUGUCACGAUUAGGGCUAGUGCGAGUGCAGAUUCAUACCGUGUGGUUAAUGUUAUUGAUUCGCCUCAGUGCACUAUCAGGUGGAUGAUGUUUUACACGGUAGUAGAUACAUAGCUUCUGUUUCUAUGAGAAAGAGAGUGGUGGAAGCUCAUGGUCGUUGUGACGGAGGGUUUAGGGUGUAGUAGACAGAGCGGGAAGAGAGACGGUCUUGUGGCACUUUGUCUUGAGAUCUUUCGGAAUGCAACCGGUCUUUUCUAUUGGAAGGAGUGGGAGUUGUGUUGGUUUGUCCUCAUGGAUUGGCGACAUGAUGGAUAAAGGAUGUGAGGUGUUAUUUGCAGAGUCAGUGAGGAGAAUAUUGUUGCAAGCUGAUCCGAAUCUAUUGACUGAAAGUGAAGUCUUGAAAUUGGCCGCGGAGGAUACUGACUUAAAUUCGAACAUAAUUGCGGAUAGGAAAGUAGUGAACAUGGUUAUUGGGAAGUUUAUAGUAAGAAUGAAGAUGAAUUCUGCUCUGGUUGCAAUAUUCGUGGCAACCAGAGUCGAAUUCUUCUUCAUUCUUACUAAGAUUAGUGGCAAAGCAGCCAUGAAAUUUCCUACAGUUCGGAAGCAUAUGCAGUAGAAACUUCAUAUACUUGUUGUGUUGGUCUGGAUGUUGUCGUGGACGAUUGUGAUAGAUCGACUGCAAUCACUUAGAUGUUGUCACCAAUUUCGUCGGAGUAUGCUUACAAAUUCAUUCCUGUUAUAUGGCAGUGGCAGCCAUACCUGUUCUUUAUCUAUGCUAAAUUUACAAGUGAGCAUUAUUAUUAACAGAGGCAAAAAUCAACAUGUUUUUUUCACAGAAUGGCUUGGGUUAGUUUUCAAUGCCAAUGUGGCAAUGUACGGCACAAAUUGCAUGCAGGUCGAGAAUGGUCAUCGCCUCUCUGUCAUCCGUGUUGGUUGGGAGAACACUCGUGAUCCAGAAUACUCCUUAUAUCGAAUUUGAAGACGUUUAUUAAGUCUUAUCCGAAUUUCUAACUGCAGCAGAGAAUUGUGCAAGUGAUAUGUAAUUGUGUACAUCAUCGUGGUGCUUCUAUCAUAAGUGUUUAGAGAUUUAUUAGGGUAUGAGAUAACCCAAAGUAAGUCUCUCGAACACUUACAAUCCUUGUUUACGUAUUCAGACUCGGGACGGGACGACUUCUUCGUACUCAGUAUCUUGGGUGAGAUGGACAAAAACCCCAAGGUAAUGAAAACGAACAAGGCGGACGGUCCCGAAUAAUGGAUUGUCACGGUUGGCUGUG